AUGGCAUUCGAUAGGUGGGAGGAAAUAUCGAAUUUGAAGUUUGAAAAUGUGCAAAACCCUUACAGGAAAAAGCCUGAUAUUACCAUAACUGUUAUUCGAAAAAAUCACAAUUUCCGAGCAGACUGCCAAGGCACUUCCAAGUGUCCACAUAAUUUCGACGGCCCUGGAAAAGUUUCAGCUCAUGCAUAUUUCCCAAAUGAAAACAACAAAUGUGUCGAGAUUCAUCUUGAUGCAGAAGAAAAAUGGUAUCUUGGAAAUAGUACUUCUCCUGAUGGCCAAACUAAUUUAUUGAUGGUCCUGAUUCACGAAAUUGGCCAUGCUCUUGGGCUGGGCCACAGUGGCGUCAAUACAGCUAUUAUGUAUCCUUGGUAUCAAGCAAGUCCAGCAUCAUUCGAUAUAGAUGAUAAGAGGGCGAUAGAAUAUUUGUAUGGGCAGAAAACUGAAAACUAUCAACCAACAACAACCUCAACAACACAGACAACCGAAUCCCAAAAACCAAUAUCCCAGCACACCUCUACCACAGCUUCAUCAGUGUCGUCAAAUGAGCCCCAUAACGUAGACGUUACUAGCACAACCUCAAAGCCUCAGAUAACUCCAACAAGAUUAUGCGACAUUCAAGUGCCAGACUUUAUGUUUCUAGCCACAGCACCCCAGUUUCAAAAUUAUCGCAUGUACGUGGGAUACAAUAGAUUUUUGUGGAAGUUCGAUUUGAACGAUAUGCGAAUUCCACCACAGCCAGAGCUGCUUGAUGAUUAUCUUCCUGAAGAUUUAAAGUCUUCUCGAGUUUCACAUGUUUUCCAAAAUUCUGUGGGAAUUGGUUCUGGGCCACAAAUGAUGGAGUAUGUGAAAGAUGUAUACAGAGCAGCAUAUGUUCCAAUUGAUUUUGAAAUAAUAGAAAAAGAAGAUUCAGAUGACAUAGCAUUGAAAUCAGUCAAACGAAAUGGGGUUGCAAUUAAAGUUGUCGAGAGAGCGAAUACUGCUUUGCAAGGAUCUCCUCAGACUCAGAGUAUUGCUAAAAUAACGAUAGAAAGCAUCAAUUUGAAAGUGCCACAUCUCACACCCAACGAUGACAUAAAGUUGCAGUUGUUGACACGUAUCAAAGCAGAUGAGUCUAUGAUGAUACCGUUUCGCCGAUGGGAAUUGCACGAGCUACCAGCACUCACACAAGGAUCUACCAUAGAAAUCUGGUCCGUCAAGACAUGUUCUGCAUUGGACAGUCCAAGAUAUGUUAUAGUAUUUUUCCAAACGAAAAAAGCCGAUAAUUUGCAUGAAGACGUCACCUUGUUCGAUAAUGCCAACAUCAAAUCCAUACGAUUGGCUCUGAAUAGCGACUAUUAUCCGCAAGAACGAAUGCUAUUGGACUUUUCCCGAGACCAAUAUGCUGACGCUCACUUCAACUAUACAGAGUUCAACAAGAGCUACCAUAACUGUCAAGAAAAGCGCUCUCUAGUAAACUUUGCCGAAUUCAAAUCCCGACCAAUGUUUGUUAUCGAUUGCUCGAGGCGCCAUCUGGGUCUAAAGUCGUCUACAGUUGACAUAAAUCGCCAAGCGACUGCGCCUCCCGUAACCAUGAAAACAGGAGCAUUCGCCAUAUAUGUCUGUCGAUACACAUUUUUCCAUUGUCAUUGUACCAUAUUCAUAGACGAAAUAAAUACUGUUGAUUCGACCGAGGACAUUUAUUUCACAACAUAA